AUGGAAACCAUGACAAAAAUGGGCUUCUUCAUCCGAAACUUACAUCGACAAUUGGAAAAUCUAUAUCAAGAACAAUUAGGUGCAUAUAAAAACAAAUUUACCGUUUAUCGUGGUCAGGGGCUCACUGAGCAAGACUUUCAGCAUCUACUCAAUACAAAAGGUGGACUUCUCUCAUUCAACAACUUUCUAUCUACCAGUACAGAAAAACAGGUUGCUAUGGAAUUUGUUCAACAUACCAUGCACAAGAAUAAAGAUAUUGUGGGUGUACUCUUCAUUAUGACAAUUGAUUCAAGUGAAAUUUCAGCUUCAACUACUCCAUUUGCCCUCAUCGAUGAAUACAGUGCUAGUGAAAGCGAAAAAGAAAUUUUAUUUUCAAUGCACACUGUUUUUCGUGUCGAUGAUAUCAAACAGGCAGUCAGCAACAAUCGUCUAUGGGAAGUUCAAUUAAGUCUCACAGGCGACAAUGAUCCACAAUUGGCUGCUCUUACUCAACGCAUAAAAGGGGAACUCUGUGGAUCCACAGGAUGGCAUCGAUUGGGUGAUCUAAUGCUCAAAGUGGGUCACUACAAUCAAGCGGAAGAGCUCUAUAACGGAUUACUGAAGAACUCGUCCAGCGAUAGUGAUAAAGCAGAUAUAUAUCAUAUGCUUGGAGUGAUGAAAUAUCACCAAGGACAAUACAAAGAAGCAGUUUCAUUUUGUGAAAAAGCACUUGAAAUCAAGCGAAAAACUCUUCCGGAAGAUCAUUCUUCAUUGGCUAACACCUACAACAAUAUCGGCCUUGCGUAUAACAACAUGGGUAACUACUCGAAAGCACUUGAAUUUUACGA